UACAAAUGCAAGAGGUGAGCAAGCACAAGGUUAUUUUGAAAGUAUGGAGUGCCCAACUUUGAGGAAGAAGUAAGAAAAAGGAGCAAGGGAAGUACUUGGUGCUGUACAGUGCUCAGGGUAGGAUCUCAGAAAUGUUUGUGUUCUGGGCAGGUCCUUUGUGGAAAGAGCACAGGACUGGGGUCAUGAGGACAGGCUUCGACUUGGAUCCGUGUUUCUUAGGACUCGCAUCAACUGCGGAAAGUUCUGUAUCUUGCUCGAUUUUGAUUUUCUCAUCCACAAAAUGGGAACAACAUGGAGUUUGGAGAAAAAUGGAAUGAAAUAACAGAAAUGCAUGCAUGGCACCCCAAGAGAGCUCAUUUUUCUACAGCGAACUCGGUGUGUUCCUGGAAAAGUUCCAAGAGAGGAGCUGCUCAGUGGAAGGAAAGACUGCCCAGACCAGGAGAUCACCAAGAGUGACUCGAUACAUCAUAUGAGCCACUCCCAGAUGCAGCCAGAACUGCCGCCUCUGCCUGCUUCUGCUGGAGAGGAACCAUCUGAACUCUAUCAGACCGUCAUGUCACACAGCUUUUAUCCCCCCUUGAUGCAACGCACAUCGUGGACCCUGGCUGCCCCCUUCAAAGAGCAGCACCACUACCGCGGACCCAGCGACUCCAUUGCCAACAACUAUUCUUUGACGGCCCAAGACCUGAAGUUGAAGGACCUGCUGAAGGUUUACCAGCCAGUCACCAUCAAUGUCCCUAGGGAAAAGAAUGUUCAGGGGCUGCCAUUAGACUGUCAGUUCUCUGAUGGUGAAGGACAUGUUACUGAUCCUAGCUCCCCUUCAUCCUUCGGGCCGCAUCUUGUACACGCAGGAGGUCACUGGGAAAUAUUUAAUGAUGGUGAGGAAUGUGAGAAACAUAUUAAAGGCGAGUGGUAA